AGCUGCGCAGGCGCAUUGGGAACGGGGCAGCAUGGCGUCUCAGGCUAAGAAGCGCGCCCUGGGCAGCCGACACCCGCGCCCUCCGGGAGCCCGGGCUGAAAAGGAGCGUGAGGAGACAGCGGAAGACACCGACGAGAGCGACGACGAGAGCAGCUUCGAGGAGGACGAAAAAGAUGAAGAAGACGAGUUCGUCAACCAGGAGGUGAACGUGGAGUUUGAAGCUCAUUCUAUCUCCAGUGAUGACUUCGAUGGGAUAAAGAAGUUACUGCAGCAGCUCUUCCUAAAGGCUGCUGUGAACACUGCUGAGCUUACCAACCUCCUGAUACAGCAGAACCACAUUGGGAGCGUCAUUAAGCAAACAGAUGUUCCAGAAGAAAGUGAUGAGGAGGAUGGCGGAGAAGAGGAGAUUUUUGGUUUCAUAAGCCUCCUGAAUCUCACCGAGAGAAAGGGAACCGAAUGUGCCGAACAAAUUAAAGAGCUGAUUCUGAGCCUCUGUGAGAAGGAUAAGGUUGAACAGCUGCAUAAGCUCCUCAAUGAUCCCACUAAGCCCGUGGGCCUCCUGCUAAGUGAAAGAUUCAUUAACGUCCCGCCCCAGAUUGCCUUGCCCAUGCACCAGCAGCUCCAGAAGGAGCUCAUGGAGUCGCACCAGUCCAACCAGCCUUGUGGCAAAUGCUACUACUACCUCAUGAUCAGUAAGACGUUCCGAGAGGCCUCGAGGAAUUCCAGAAACAAAGGGAAGGGGCCCUCGAAAGAAGAACUAAUGUUUGCCAAUGCAGAGGAGGAGUUUUUCUAUGAGAAUGCACUUCUCAAAUUCAGCUACUCGGUGCAAGAGGAGAGUGACCUGGCUCUGGGAGGCAGGUGGUCUUUUGACGACUUGCCCAUGAAGCCUCUGCGAACAGUGAUGGUCAUCCCAGCGAGUAAGAUGAGUGCGGUCAUGGAGAUGCUGAAGGAGUACCUCUCCAUCUAGCCUGCUUCUGUAGACAGUGAGUGGCUUGUUGGUAUAACGCUUUCUGAUAAACUUAUUGGAGAUUGUAAUGCCGUGUAUAAUGGAUGGUUCAGUCACCGUGGCCUUAAUAGGUUUUUUAAAAUCUCCUUUUUUCAUUUUGGUCAAAUGUACCUUGGACUUGUGAGUCAUUCAUUAAAAGCUCAUUACUUUAAAAGAAAACUGAACACAUGGGUUAGGAAUUUUAAAAACUGAGCAACAACUGUUUAUUAUAGUUGCUUUAAUGAUGUACAAAAUGUUUUAUUUGUACAAAAUUGUCUUGGCUGGGCAAUUUGUCUUGCCUCCUGUUAAAUCUCUGUACAUCUUUCACGUUGACAAACCAUUACAAUGAUUAACUUUGGGGUGUUUAUUGCACAUACUGUUUCAGUGUGUACUGAAUAGAAUUAAGGUUUGAAAGUCAUUGAAUAACGCAUCUUGGUUCGGCAGAAGCUUCGGGGCACUCUUCACACAUUUUAUCUUUGCUCGUCUUCUGUUCCUUUUUCAUUGUCGAAAUGGGUGAGAAGUGAUUGAUUACUUGCUGAAGAAUAUCCUUGCUUUCACUAGGAGGCAGAUUACUGAAGUAAUAAGGUGGGGCCAACUGCAUGAAUCUGUUGGAGAAAAGAACCAAAUACAGCUAUUUAAAGGGAAGUGGAAGCUCUGAUGAGUUAUUCAAACCCUGAGAUCUUCAUAAGUGAUAAAUACCAAACCUCUGUGGAGCUCUAACGGGUCUGAAGUCAGAAUUCCUGGACCAACUUAGGAGCUGUGAGGGGCUUGUUUAGCAGUAGGCGGGUGCAGCAUGCUCCUUAAUGAGCGUCCUGGGAAAGACCAGGAUGGGGCCUUUUCUUAAUGGUCCUUUGGUGGGGAUAAAUUGGAGGAUUUCUGGGAGGUGCGCCAUGAGAGGAGAUGCCCUCAGUUUAUCUUUGCAGGUUUCUUAGGGAAGAGCUGGGGUGUGGCUGAUGACAUUACAGUGUGCAAAAGUUACUGCCUCAGAAACCCUUAUUCCUAAGUCUUGUUUGCAGGCAGAAGUUCUUAACAUUUUGGGGCACUCAAGGUUUUAAAAUGCAUAAAUUAAAAUACAUAUGGUUACAAAGGAAGCCAGUGUUAGAAAUUGUUAUUAAAAAAAGAAAUCAUGUUCAUAGACCCAGGUAGAGAAGCCCUGCUUUUAGCAGGAUAGGGACUUAAAAAAUACCCAUGUUAACGCAGUCAGAGUCUUCAGAAACUGUUUGGGGGAUAACCUUGAAAAGUUGUCAUUUCAUAGAGCAAUGUAACAUGAAAACAAUGUCCGAUGUCCUGCAGGGGGAGCCAUGUUCAAUAAAAUGUGUCUAUUUUCUUAGAUUGCUGGUGCGUUUUGUUGUUAAGUUGGCUAUUUUUGAACAAAAAUUUUCAAAAUAAGCUUUUACCCUGAGCAUCACAUUAAUUAUUAAUAAAGCGUCACAUUAAUAA